AUGGUAUUGACCGAGGAACAAACCGAGCGCUUAACUGAAUUGAAACGAAGUCGUGGAUCUAUUAAACGUCAAAUUACCAAGCUUACCAAAACAGUCGAUGAAUUUAUAGCUGUUGAUCCAGCUGAACGCGACUUUGACUAUCUGCUUGCAUGUCUAAAUAAUGUUAAUAAACAUUGGGAUAAAUUCGACAGCAUCCAAUUUGAGAUCGAAGAAUUAGAACCGGAAGAUACACAAAAGGCUGACGAGAUUCAAGAUGAAUAUUGUCGUGUACUUGCACGGGUUAAUAAACUUAAAAAGGAAAUAGAAUCAACGACAUCACAGACGGGUGCUGCAUCUGUUACUCAUGACCACUGUCCGACACCCACCCCGUCCUCAUUGGCCGCCGGUGCAAACGAAAUAAAACUACCUGAAAUACCGUUACCGACCUUUGACGUAUCGUAUGAAGGCUGGUCAUCAUUUAUUGACCUAUUUACCGCGAUUAUAGACGACAAUGCAACUAUGUCUGACGCUCGCAAACUACAGUACUUGAGAUUGGCUGUCCAAGGUAAGGCCCGCCAGAUAAUUCAAUCAUUAGGAACUACUGGUCAGAAUUAUAAGACGGCCUUAGAACUUCUGAAAAAUAAAUACGAUUGCACCAGAAAAAUAAUCAGAAGACAUUGGGGCUUACUACGAGAUUUGCCGCGGUUGGCCAAGGACACACCAGAAGGUCUCGGUGACCUUGUCGACAACAUACGUCAAAAUCUACGCGCUUUGGAAAAUCUAAAACAACCGGUUAAGAAUUGGGAUACUCCACUGAUUGACUUAAUACUAUCCAAAAUCAGUUCUGAAACCGCGUGGCAGUGGGAAUUGACCUUGAAAGGUACAAGCAUGCCUCAAUAUACGGAUUUACUGGAAUUUUUAGAAAAGCGAGCAAGUUGCGCUGAUAUACCGAAGAUCAAGCCACCUACACAGCCUAACAAUAAUAACCACCACAACAAUAAUAAUCAUUAUAACAGAAAUGCUGCUCAGAAGUCUGCACACGUCAAUGGACAAGGGAAGGAACAGAGACAAACUUUUGUUAUCAAUCAAUAUGUACCGUGCCCACUAUGUAACGAGACUCAUAGUGUACGCAAAUGUGCCUCGUUUCUGGCUAUGAAUCCUCAAGAACGAGAAAAAGUUAUCACCAAAUCUUCACUGUGCUUUAACUGUCUAAGCCCUACUCAUAAAGCUAGAGACUGCAAUUCAAAUAACUGUUUUAAGUGUAAUAAACGUCAUCAUACCCUCCUACACAAGCCUACUGAUGAGAAUGAUAAAGACGCAGGUAACUGGAACCCAAGACCCAAUACAAGGGCCGCAAUACGAAGUAACAACUACCCAACGCAAGCCAGUCAAGUACCUGAGACACCGACAAACCGACCCAUGGCUUACGUCAUUAACCGACCUACCAGUGAUUUAAUAAUAACCGCUACACUGCAUGUACUGAACUAA